GAAAGAACAAGGCCAGUCGGACAAAACUCACGACUGGUUGAGAACGGCGGUUGUCGUCGAGUUCCCCGCAAUCCCCUUCUCCAUCAAUGGCUUUCCCUCUCAAAAUUCAAACCCCACUCCCCCAAAAUUUGAAUCUUUUACACACAAAACAACAAACCCACCACAACGCUCACAAGGAAAACGCUUCGCCAUUUCCCAGUGAAGUGAAAUAACAGAGCUCAGUCAGUCAAAAGAGAGAAUCAAGAUCCAACCUUUCAAAUAAUGGAAACGAAUUCAAUGCUCCUUUCCAUAACCAGCAACCAAGACAAUCUUCAAUAGAAAUCGAAUCUCCAACCCCAUUUUCCUUCUUUCUCUCCGUCGAUUUCCUCACAAUGGAAGAAGAAGGGUCCGCCGAUUUCUCCGGCGGGCCUCCACUGGUCUCCCUCUCCUCUUUUCCUCCGGCCAGCCGCCGGUGCCGCCUCUCGUCGUGCUGCUACAACUUCGCCCCCGUCGCCUCGUGUGGGACAAUGGCGUGGCUGUCGCUUCAGGGACGGAUGGUUAACGCGGAGGAAGCCAGCUCGUCGAAAUCAAUUGGUUUAUUGGGGAAGGAGGAAGCCCUGGCGUGGGAGCUGUUCACGCCGAUGCAGAGGUUUCUCAUUGUCGCCGUGAUCGGAGUUGCUGCUUCCGAGUCGAGGAAGAAUCGGACCAUCUCGCAGCUCAAGAAAUCUGUUGAGCUUAGGGAUGAGUUGCUGUCGGGUAUGCAGCAGAAGCUGGACAGUCUGUGUUUGCAAAUGGCUAGCAUAAACGUGGAUGGAAACAAGGAUGAUGGGGAAGAAGAGUUUCUAAGCAGUAUGGGUUUCGUCGAUUGCGGCUGCUGGCAUUGUGAUCAACACCACCAAGAGCUCUUUGGUGGUGGUACCUUGGGUCUGAAGGGUGGGAAAGCUCGUGGAGGGGAUGAGGUGGUGGAGUUGAAAAGGCCAUUGUUGGACCAGGAUGAGCAAGAAGAGCGGCGGAUGUCUGAUUUGUCUGAUUGGGCGUCCAGUUCUGCAUCUGGAUCAGAAUUUCAGAUCAGCAACUUUAUGGUAGACCAAGAUACUUGCAAUCUCAAGAAGAUAUGUGAAGAGAAGGAUGCAACCAUCAAGGAGCUAAAAGAUGUUCUUCAGUUGACAGACAAGGCAGGUUCAAAGAGAAUAUCAGAACUGGAAGACAUUAUAUGUAGGAAGAACGCCAUGAUCACAAGACUCAAGAAGGACAUGGUGGUACUAGAACAGAAGGUGGUGGUUCAGCUGACAAGGGUCCGCAGGAAAUCAACCUCUCAUCUCGCCCCCGAGUUUGAGCAAUCAUCCCCUUUCAUGGUGGACAACAUAGUCUAUGACAUGGACAGCUUAACCAGCUCUUCUUCUUCCUCCUCGGAUUCAGAUUCUCCAACAACCCACCGUCUCAUUCCUCCUCCACAGACGACAUGCCAGAAAUCAGCUCCAGGCAGGGUCUCAAGCACUCCACCAGCCAUGGCCAGAUCAGUAAGCCCUCUCAGAGAACUGUCAAUGAAUCAAAAGUAUGGCAGACCUUCCUCAUCGAAGUCAAAACAGUUGUCUGCUAAUGGUGAUAUCAAGAAGACGAGAAGAAGGCCACCAACUCAAGCUGCUUCCAAUUCCAUUCAGAAGAAGAGAUGGUCCUAGUUGGUAAAAACUAUGGUUGUUUGUUUUAGGUGAUGUAGAUUCAGGACAGUGAAAACUUUUGAGUCAAUGACAGUUAAUCCAUUGUAGGAUCACAGCUGUGGUAAAAAAAAGAAGCAUCUUGUGAGAGUUACUGAUCUUAUAAGAAGUGUUUUGGAGUAGUGGCGGCUGGUAUGAAUUUACAUUUACCUCUCUUUGACUGAUGGAUUGGCGACUCCCUGGUCUAUCGCUCAUCCAAAGGUCAUACGAUGACGUUUUUGGUAGCGGUGUAAACUUCCAACAUCAUUGGGCGUUGCUUCGGUGUAUGCCGGCAUUCCCUUUGGCGAUCUAGUCAACCAUCAUACUAUAGAUUGGCCCCAAUGUUUGAAUUUUCUAAAUGAAUGUAGCAUUUUAGUUUUUACCCUUAUUAAUUGCUUGAAGAGUUUGGCUGUGUAUUACGAUGUAUAUGGAAUGUAU